AGCUUUCACAGCAUUCUUUGAACCCCACUGCACGCUUGAAUUCUACCUAUUAUACGGUACAGCGGCCUGCAAAAUGUGCAGGACUACAACACACGCCCUAUUACAAUGCACGGUCCAGAUUCCUCUACGAAACAGCGUGGAGCAUACGCCGUAAUGGACCCGGAUCAGUGCGCCGAAAGCCAGUUAUCCCCGACCCAGGACGCUGUUUCGCCUCGGGAGGCCAUCUACCUCCAAACCAGAGACGUACUGGAACAGUACAAUCGCAAACGGGAAAUGGACAAUUCUCAGAUCCAGGAGCUACAGGACUCGGUCAACAGCCACUUGGUGCACAUCUUGCAGAAGAUCAAGGAAGAGCUGGAAGAACGAUCCCGAGCCAACGACGAAAUGGUAGAAACGUACGCUUCCAACAUCAUCGCAUCACUCGAGAGGACAAGUGCCCUGGAGCAGAAGAUCGACAUGUACGACCAGACACUCAAGCAUAUUCUCUCACUUAUAAGCCAGUAAGGCCCAGGUGAUAGACUUUCUUUUUCGCACAAUUCGGCGCGACGUUUCGUGGCGUUAA